UUCGUGUUCUCCAUUCUUCCCUCUAUUCCAAAAUGGCGGCUUUCAGGAAGGCCAGAUUGUUUUUUAGUUCCGUUAUUUGCUUCACUUGCCGUGAACUAACCGCCUGAAAGAAUAGGACAACUGAACAUUUUAUGCAAUGGAUGAAAAUGCCAUACGAACAGCUGGGUCUGAUUCUUCUUCAGAGGAUGAGGAACAAGAGGAGUCGGAGGAAUCGUCUAAUAUUCAAGAUCAGCUGCACAAAUUCAGAUCACAGUGGCAGCAAGAGUUGAAAAAAGGUCAGGGUCAGAAGGGUGUCAGGUCAGGUCAAGGUCAAGAUAAUGGUCCAGGAAAAAAAUCAACAGAGGAUGUGAAUGUAAAUGAUUUUGAGAAGGCUAGACGUCUGUUUUUGGUGGGAGUGAAUGCUGAAAAGUCAGGAAUGUUGUUUGAAGGUAAUUGUCCCAGACAUCCAUAGUAAGAGGCC